AUGGAAGACUCUUACAAGGAUAGGACUUCACUGAUGAAGGGUGCCAAGGACAUUGCCCGAGAGGUGAAGAAACAAACAGUGAAGAGGGUGAGUCAGGCAGUGGACCGGGCCCAGGAUGAAUACACGCAGAGGUCCUACAGUCGAUUCCAAGAUGAAGAGGAUGAUGACUAUUACCCACCGGGAGAGACCUAUGAUGGGGAGGCCAAUGAUGAUGAAGGCUCCAGUGAAGCUACCGAGGGUCAUGAUGAAGAAGAUGAAAUCUAUGAAGGGGAGUAUCAGGGCAUCCCCAGUAUGAACCAAGGGAAGGACAGCAUUGUGUCAGUGGGGCAGCCCAAGGGGGAUGUGCACAAGGACCGGCAGGAGCUGGAGUCAGAGAGGAAAGCUGAUGAGGAAGAACUAGCCCAGCAGUAUGAGCUGAUAAUCCAAGAGUGUGGUCACGGCCGUUUCCAGUGGGCCCUUUUCUUUGUCCUGGGCAUGGCCCUGAUGGCGGAUGGUGUGGAGGUGUUUGUUGUUGGCUUCGUGUUGCCCAGCGCUGAGACAGACCUAUGCAUUCCAAAUUCAGGAUCUGGAUGGCUAGGCAGCAUAGUGUACCUUGGGAUGAUGGCAGGGGCUUUCUUCUGGGGAGGACUAGCAGACAAAGUGGGAAGAAAGCAGUCUCUUCUGAUUUGCAUGUCUAUCAACGGAUUCUUCGCCUUCCUUUCUUCAUUUGUCCAAGGCUAUGGAUUCUUUCUCUUCUGUCGCUUACUUUCUGGAUUCGGGAUCGGAGGAGCCAUUCCCACGGUGUUCUCCUACUUUGCUGAAGUGCUGGCCCGAGAGAAGCGGGGUGAGCAUCUGAGCUGGCUCUGCAUGUUCUGGAUGAUUGGUGGCAUCUACGCCUCUGCCAUGGCCUGGGCCAUCAUCCCGCAUUACGGGUGGAGCUUCAGCAUGGGGUCAGCUUACCAGUUUCAUAGUUGGCGUGUGUUCGUGAUAGUCUGUGCGCUGCCCUGUGUCUCCUCAGUGGUGGCCCUCACAUUCAUGCCUGAAAGUCCACGGUUCUUGUUGGAGGUUGGAAAACAUGAUGAAGCGUGGAUGAUCCUGAAAUUAAUUCAUGACACAAACAUGAGAGCGCGGGGUCAGCCUGAGAAAGUCUUCUCGGUCCACAGAAUCAAAACCCCCAAACAAAUAGAUGAGCUGAUUGAAAUUGAGAGUGACACAGGGACGUGGUACAAAAGGUGUUUUGUCCGGAUCCGCACGGAACUCUAUGGAAUUUGGUUGACUUUCAUGAGAUGUUUCAACUACCCAGUCAGGGAAAAUACAAUAAAGCUUACAAUUGUUUGGUUCACCCUGUCCUUUGGGUACUAUGGAUUAUCUGUGUGGUUCCCUGAUGUCAUUAAACAUCUGCAGUCGAACGUGUUGCCCAUUGGAAAGAUCGAGAGAGAAAAAUUUUCAAAUUUAGGUGUUAACUUUACAAUGGCAAAUCAGUUGCACGUGGGAGCGGAAUACGACAAUGGCAGAUUUGUAGGGAUGAAGUUCAAAUCUGUAACUUUCAAAGAUUCACUGUUUAAGGCCUGCGUCUUUGAGGAUGUGACUUCAGUGAACACCUACUUCAAGAACUGCACAUUUAUUGACACUCUUUUCGACAACACAGAUUUUGAGCCGUAUAAAUUCAUUGAUAGUGAAUUUCAAAACUGCUCAUUUUUGCACAACAAGACGGGAUGCCAGGUUACCUUCGAUGAUGACUAUAGUGCCUACUGGAUUUAUUUUGUCAACUUCCUGGGGACAUUGGCAGUGUUGCCAGGCAACAUCGUGUCUGCUCUCCUGAUGGACAGAAUUGGGCGCUUAACGAUGCUAGGUGGCUCGAUGGUGCUUUCCGGGAUCAGCUGUUUCUUCCUCUGGUUGGGCAGCAGUGAGUCCAUGAUGGUAGGCAUGCUGUGUCUGUAUAACGGAUUGACCAUCUCGGCCUGGAACUCUCUGGAUGUGGUCACUGUGGAACUGUACCCCACAGAUCGCAGGGCGACAGGCUUUGGCUUCUUGAAUGCCCUGUGCAAAGCAGCGGCCGUCCUUGGAAACUUAAUAUUCGGCUCCCUGGUCAGCUUCACCAAAUCGAUCCCUAUCCUGCUGGCCUCCACUGUGCUGGUGUGUGGAGGACUGGUGGGCUUGCGCCUGCCCGACACACGAACCCAGGUCCUGAUGUAAUGGGGUACAAGCCAUCCGUCUACCACGUUUCUUUGUCCUGCCCUGUGUCAACCCUCCGGACGGACUCAAGGUUUCAGAUGUUUUCAGAUACUGAAAGGUGGUAAAAUACCGAACACUAACUCUUGCCGUGACUGAACUGUAGUUGUGUACCAUCCUGCCCCUUAGGUGUGAGUUUGCAGGGGUUUUCAUGCCUUGUGACCUUUCCUAACAGGGCUGCUCCCAGCCCCCAGGAAUCAGUGGUAGCACUUUUUAAGUGUCCUCGUCAGUCAGGCCUCCCUGAGAUUCUGCUCACUGAAGGUGGAGGGGCCUGUGCUGCCUUCAGAAAGAGAUCCUGCUUCUGAUUUCGCAUUCACGGGAAAUAGAAGUUGGCAUAUUAUUGCCUUUGUGCUGAGGAGAGGGAUUCUUUUUUUUUUUUUUUCAAACAGAGUGAUAUUUCCUGUUUACUUAGAAAAGGAUACCCAAUUCUUGCUGUUACAGCAGGGCCUUACAAAGAAAACCAUGUGGCACCAAACAGAGCUGGGUGGGGCUCUUUGAGGCCUGACAGGGAAGGUGGCUCUGCUGACAAGAGAGAGAGGCUGUGCCAUGAGCAGCAAAGAUCUGAGUGAAAGG